CUGCACGAAGAUUCCCCUUUGAGAAUCGUGCAUAGAGACAUCAAAGCAAGCAAUGUUCUUCUGGACGACAAGUUCCAGCCCCGGAUCAGCGAUUUCGGGCUGGCCAGAUUCUUCCCUGAAGACCAAGCUUAUCUCAGCACCACAUUUGCAGGGACCUUGGGAAACACAGCCCCAGAGUACGCGAUCCGGGGCGAGUUGUCAGAGAAGGCCGACAUCUACAGCUUCGGAGUGCUCCUUCUUGAGAUCAUCCGUUGUAGGAAGAACACAGAUCUCAACUUACCAACAGAGCAGCAGUACCUUCCUAAAUACGCGUGGAAGCUAUACGAGAAAAACAAGGUGAACGAGCUGAUAGAUCUGAGGCUCCGAGAACACAGGAUCGUGGAGAGAGAUGUGGUGCAUGUGAUCCACGUGGCGUUCUUGUGCAUUCAACCGCUGGCGAACCUGAGGCCUCCGAUGUCUGAGGUGGUGGCAAUGCUGACGUGUAAAGCUGAUGCAGGGGCACCCAUAAGGCCGGCAUUCUUGGACAAGAGGAGGAGAGCAGAAGGGAGCUUCUCUUGGGAUGUUAUCUCAGAAGCUUUCCCUUCUCCCUAUGGGAGUCUUGAAUCUCACCCUGCAUCACGAGCAAAGGAAGAGGCUGCUUGA